GAGGCGCCGUAGGACGACCGGAUAACGGGAACCAAGAAGGGGGACAGGAGCAAAACGCGUCAGUCUGACAGACAUAGACGAGGUGCUAUUGUAUAACACAGGCCUUCAGUCUUUUCACUCCGGGCUGCCGCUACGAGGAGGAGCGGCUCCUCUCUUUCAUUUUUGCCUUCUUUCUUGUUCCCACCGCGGAGGGAGAGACGGAGCGGAGCGGCGGGAGCUCGGUGUUGCAUCGGCCGCUGGCGGAGGACCUGCACAUGUCCGCGCGGUGAGGGACCGUUUGUUUCCCCGCCCUGAUACGGUUGGAGGACGGCAGGAAGAGGAGGAGGCUGUGUGGAGGGGCAUCAACCGCGACGAGAUCGACAUUAUCAACCUCCGAGAAAAAAUAAAUAAGAAGAAUAAAAUAAUCAUAAUAAGAAGCAGGUGCGGCCGUUUUGACGGUCGAAAGAAGAUCCGUUAAAACGAGCGAGAAGGACAACAGUGAUGCGGCAGCCGAGGUGGGCCCAGAUUGAUGAUUUUAUGAUAUCAUCAUCCACCGCCAGGACCGAUCACUGAUUUUAUUGAUAAGGAGCAUCAUCGAGGAGAAUAAGCUAUAAACUGACCUGGAGUCCCUGUGUUUGUUUUUGAUGUGGAUAAACAGGAGGAGGUUAAUCGGUGCUUGAUUGCAGUGAUUUUUCUUCAGCUGUAUGAUCAAUUAUAGAAAUAUAUAUCCUGAUUUAGGCCCAUGACUUAGUCUGUGUGUGACGCCAAUACAGCAGCAGCAGCAGAGAGAGAGAGAGAGAGGGAGAGAGAGAGGGAGUGUGUGUGUGUGAGGAGACGCGCCUGUCUGAGCAUCAUCUGGUAGCUGUACAGGGCUACUCCUUCACGGGGAUGAUACACAAGCGAUUUCUCAUCUGUGCGUGAAAACCAGAAGAACCAGGGAUGCUGCUGAUGCUGCUGCUGCUGCCAUUUCCAGUCCGGCUCUGAUAGAGACAGCGAGGCAAACAGCACGGGACUGGACAACCAGAAAAUAUCCAAUCUCCUCACCUCUCCUCCGCCUCUGCACCUUUCUCCCUCCCCCCUCCCCUUUAUCUCUCACCCCUCUCCACCUGCUCCCUCUUCACCCUCUUCCUCCUCCACCUCCACCACCACCACCCCCUGGAGCGUCUAUUCAUUCUGAUCAAUUGAUAAUCCAUCUGUGAUUCAGAAAGCCACCCACUCCUCCAUCCUCUCUUCCCAUCCAUUCACCCCUACAUCCUCUUAAACGCCUCUCUUACGCACUCUUACGCGCAAAGGCACGCACCACCUCCAUCAACACCACCACCACCACCUCCAGCGCACCGCCACCGCCAUCUAUACAGCCAUCAUGGAGACGACCAAGCUGCCACCGUCCAGCCCGUCUUCGCCGACCACCAGCUUCUCGGUGCCGUCCGCGGAGAAGGUGGACGGCUUCCCGCGCAGGUCCAUGCGCAGAGCCCGGCAGAGGAGGUCCCACAGCUCGUCCCAGUUCCGCUACCAGAGCUCCCAGGUGGAGCUCACCCCUCUGCCCCUGCUCAAAGAUGCCCCGGUGGCAGAGUUACACGACCUGUUCUGUAAGAAGCUGCAGCAGUGCUGCGUGCUGUUUGAUUUCCUGGACUGCGUGGCCGACCUGAAGGGGAAGGAGAUCAAACGUGCAGCGCUCAACGAGCUGGUGGAGAGUGUGGCCACGAGCAGAGGAGUCCUCAUAGAGCCUCUCUACCCAGAGGCUAUAAAGAUGAUCUCGGUAAAUAUCUUCCGGACUCUCCCGCCCAGCGAGAAUCCAGAGUUUGACCCUGAGGAAGAUGAGCCGACACUGGAAGCCUCCUGGCCGCAUCUGCAGCUCGUGUACGAGUUCUUUCUGCGUUUCCUGGAGAGCCCGGACUUCCAGCCCUCCAUGGCCAAACGCUAUGUCGACCAGAAGUUUGUCUUGCAGCUGCUGGAGCUGUUUGACAGUGAGGACCCCAGGGAGAGGGAGUACCUAAAGACCAUCCUGCACCGUGUCUAUGGAAAACUACUGGGCCUCCGAGCCUACAUCCGCAAACAGAUCAACAACAUCUUCCUCAGGUUCAUAUAUGAAACUGAGCACUUCAACGGAGUUGCAGAGCUGCUGGAAAUCCUCGGCAGCAUCAUUAAUGGCUUCGCUCUGCCUCUGAAGGCCGAACAUAAGCAGUUCCUGGUUCGGGUCCUCAUCCCGCUACACACGGCAAAGUCCCUUUCGAUCUUCCAUGCACAGCUGGCCUACUGUGUGGUGCAGUUUAUGGAGAAAGAUGCUACAGUCACUGAAUAUAUCAUCAGAGGGCUGCUCAAGUACUGGCCAAAAACCUGCACGCAGAAAGAGGUGAUGUUCCUGGGGGAGAUCGAGGAGAUCCUGGAUGUGAUUGAGCCGUCUCAGUUCAUUAGAGUCCAGGAGCCGCUCUUCAAACAGAUCGCAGCCUGUAUCUCCAGCCCUCACUUCCAGGUUGCGGAGCGGGCACUUUACUUCUGGAACAACGAGUACAUCCUCAGUCUGAUAGAGGAGAACUGUCAAGUCAUCCUGCCGCUGGUAUUCGCCACCCUCUACAGAGUCUCCAAGGAGCACUGGAACCAGACCAUCGUGUCUCUGAUCUACAACGUGCUGAAGACCUUCAUGGAGAUGAACAGCAAGCUGUUUGAUGACCUCACUGCCUCCUACAAAGUGGAGAAACAGAAGGAGCUGAAGCGAGAGAGGGAGCGUGCAGACCUCUGGCGAGGCCUGGAGGAGCACCAGGAGCGCCGGAUGCAGAUGCUCACCGAGGCCGCCAGGAACCAGCGCAACCUCCAGGAGCGAGGCGAGAGAGGGGACCCGCCGACCCCUUCGUCCCCGCAGACGGCUCACUCCGACCAGCCCGAGCCCAAACCCAGCGGGGCCUCCUCUGGAGCCGGGGAGAGCGCCACCUAGGUGCCGCUCUGCAGCGAUUGAAUAACACAGGGGUUAGGGGACAGGGAGAAGACAAGAAGCUGAUGGCGAAAGUGUUGGGAGACAGAGAAAGGUACAAAACAUCUUCAUCUAUCUUGUAUCAUCGAGGAGGGAGCUUUUUAUGAAAAAAAAAAAAAUUUGAAAAAAGCGAACAAACUCAGUGAUCCAAGAUAAAAAAUGUACCUUUUUCCUUAUGGAGUUGUGUGAAACUGGUUCACUUUUUGCUGUACACACAUUACGUUGCAGAUCAGAAGAUGAAUAUCGUCCAAAAGUGCAGACUGGCAUUUUAAAGUAAAGGCUGGUUUAUUAAACUGCAGGUCAGUACCAAAAAUCGGUAGCUGGCCUGCUUCAAACCUGCCUCAUAAUAAGAGAUGAAAUUUCUCUUUUGGUGCAACACUAACAAAGUUUAACAUGUGUCUAACUUGUCUUAACAUUUAACCAACCGAGUCUGUACUGUGCCUCGUAUUUAUCUUUUGGUCACAGAUGCUUAUUUCAUGCGUGGAUAGCACAAUACAUUAAUAAACAAAAGAAGCAAUUUCACACAAAUGUCCCAAAAUUAUUGCCACACAGACCAGACUCACAAACCCUCACGCACACACAAAACUACACACACACACGCACACACGCACACACACACACACACACACACACACACACACACACACACACACACAAAUCCAGGCACGUAUUUAGUGUAAAUAUGAGAAGACAGAGCUACAGAGAUUGAUCCAGGUCAAACAAAUCUCACACACCAACAACCGAUUGAUGCAGCAAAGUAUUUCAUACAAACCCACACACCCAUACUUGCAUAUACAUACAUACAUACAUACAUACAUAUGUAUUCACUCACACAGCUGGUUCUGGCGCUAACUCCUCUCCCAUUCUGUCGGGUUCCACGAAAGGACGAGCCUAAAGUCCCUCAAGGUUAAAUAACCACUGAUGAAGAUGAUAAUGAUAUAAAGUACAAUAAUGUUCCUUCUUCUUACUUGUUACUCUACUACUACUACUCUACUCUAAGUACUACUGAUAAUGAUGAUGAUGAUAAUGUUUUUAUAUAUAUACAUAUGUCUCUGGAUAUUUCUGUUGUGUAUUAUGGGAGAAACACUAGUGUAGCAGAUACCAUAAAGGGGAAGGCCGGCUCGAAUUCUGAAUUCACAUCACAUGUUAACUGUAUGACGCCAUAAUGUGAGUGCUGAAAUUCAGCGGAAUUCCCCUUUAACAGAUCUUAAAGACGGGAAGGAAUGAGCCGGAUUUGUGGUGGCUGGUUUUCUUUUAUUUUGAAAUUCUGGAUUUUGGUGUCAUGGUUGGGUGGACCUUAAAGGGGUACUGUGUAAAAAUCCAAAAACAUUCCACGUUUAAAGGUCAUUACUAUGUAAUUUUUUUAAAUUCUUUUUAUUAAAGGUGCACUGUGGAGUUUUCUUGUAAACAGACAUUCAGUGUUACAUUGUGUGUAUCCUUGAGGCCUAACAAAUGCGUUGAAUGCAUUUCCAAAGCAAAUUUCCGGCAUGCUCCUGUGUGAUACAAACAAAAGGAGGACCCGCUCAUAACAACACCACUCCAUAGCUCCACUAAAAACUCCAUAGGGUACCUUUAAUUUUGAUUUUGAGGCACACAACAAGCCUUUCUUUGGUUUUAUCAAGUUGAAAUUGAGAGCCCCCCAGCCUACAACCAAAAAUGAAACCAAGCUGAUCAGUACGCCCACACCCAACACAGAGGUUAGCAGAGGAUGAAUGAAGCGCACCACAUGUGUCUCAAACCAAAAGAAAAGCACCACAGUCCAGCUGGAUUUCUGAACCCAGAGCGUCUGUUCCUUUAGGCUCAGCAGACCUGACGCUGCUAGAUGGCGACCAUGACGAUGAUACAUUUUUUUUUCGGUGUGAACCAACAAAAAUCUGUUUAUUCUUGUCUGAUUAUUAUGAUAGAGCGAUGGGAUAAAGAGAAGGUGAAAAAAAAAACAGAAAAAAAAAUUAUUUUAGCAAUAUUUUCAUUCUUUCAGGAUAAUCUGUGUGUUUUUAAGGGGGUUAAACAAGAAGUGGGUGUCACGCUCAAAUGUUUACCCCCCCACUCUUGUUUUUACUCCUGUUGCGUCCUUGAUAUUCACAUUGUCUUAAAGGUACUUUCUGUGUAAAUUUAUUUGAUGAAAAAUGAUUUUGCUUUGUAAUUAUGUUGUUUAUUUUUCUUGGUUUUUGUAUGAUCUUGUUCAUUUUGUGGAAAACUGAUACUGAUGCUAUUUAUUUUCUAUUUGAUCAGGAAAUGUAACCUUAUUUGAAAAUGAUGGUCAGGUUGUGCGUGCGUGUGUGCGUGCGUGCGUGCGUGCGUGUGUGCGUGCGUGCGUGUGUGUGUUGGUGUGCAACCAGUGAGUGAAUCAGUGAGCAGGAGAUGUGCGUAGAUAGAGUGAUUGAGAACGAGAGAAAACUAUUCUCUCUUUGCUUCUUUUUCUCUCUCUCUCCUUCUCUCCUUCCUGAAGGACAGGGUUUGAAUCCGAAUGUAUCGUAAAACAAAUCGAUUGUUUUUUUGACGCUUGAGAUGCAGAGAUACUUGUCGGCUGCUUCGUAACCAAACAUUCAGAAACUCUUCAGACCAGCAGUUUUUCAAAACACUCACUUCAAAUCAUGCCUAAGUCAACAAGGUUUUGAAAUCCAUUGAACUUGCAGCUCUCAGAUUUGGCACUUUAAGUUUGAUUGAGUUAAUGAGUGUUGUUUAUGUUUCAGGCUCGGUGUUCAGGCUGUGGUCACACCUCAUCCGUCUCUGCAGCGUUGUGUUGCAUUUCAAUUGCAGGUGUUGAAUCCAACAUCCAGUUUACGACUUCCAAAACAUUUGUCAGUCAGACAAAAUAUCACGAGAAAGGUCAAGGUUCGCUGAUCUUUUUCAGAAGUUUACAUUCAAAUGUCAUGGUCUUCAUCGGGGGAUGGAGCUGCUCGGUCGUCCUGGACAUAGCUCAGCAGUCAUGUUGUAUCUGGUGUUCAGAAUGAGGCAUCUCCAUGACAACUGAGCAAACUCCAUCUGCUGAUGAUGGCUGUGGCAUAUGAUUGAAAGCUAGAAAUCGGAGCCCGAGUAAAGAUUAUUUACACUUAUUCUACAGGCUCCUAGCUAUUUGACUCCUUCGAACAAAAACAGUGCAUAUCAGUUGGGCACUCAACUUCAAAAAUGCAAAAGAGAAAAAACAUUUGAGGAAAAUCAGGAAAAUAAAUUACUUAUGUCUACAAUAAAACUUUUUUGUUUUCUUAUCCUUUUAAAUUAACUUGUGACCGAUCAGAUUUAUCUUAUGACACCCAGUCGGGUCCUGACCCCAAGGUUUGGAACCACUGACAUAUGCCUCUCUUCUCAAAGUACCACAGUGCUGUAAUUUUUAUUUAUUUAUUUUUUCUUUUCUGCACAGAACAGGAGAGUAGAUGUGCACAAAUUGGGUAUGCAUUGAUGGAUUAGGUGUAAUAGCAGCCUCAUAGCAGUGAACACCUCAAAACCUUCACCUGCAGACACCAUGUGGCUGCAGACCAAAAAAACAAAAACAAAUCUUCCUGGUUAGUUGGAUUUCAAACGUUGUUUUGAUUCAGGCAAAAAAAAAAAAAAAAACAUACUCAAAAACCCGAAAAGAGACAAAACUUGACCUUGCUGUCAUAAAACUCAGCUUACUUUAUGAUUUUGUUCUGGCUAGCUUAUUCACAAACCCUCUUGAUUGUUAUUGUCAGUCAGUCAGCUGACUCGGGGAAAACAGAACCUCAGCUCCCACUGUUCUAGAAUUCUCAAUGAUAUCGAUCAAUAAUAUUCCUCAGUUUCUAGAAUCCCGUCAUCCGUUCUAGAACUGCUCCGGGAACAGGAAGCGAGGGGAAGAGAGAGUGUUCGUAGAGAGCUCCGGUAUCGCCUCACAGACAGCCAUCCAGCGCUGCUCUCGUUCACCGCCACGUUUCCUCUCUGCGGCCGCUUUCAGCCGAGUUUAAUCAAAUUCUUUAAAUCAGACUGGAGGUGUGACUGCGAUGAAAGCAGCCGGUAAAGAUGAAAACAGAGGAGGAGAAUGACAGAGGAAAGAAAAUACAUAGAGUUAGACACGAUAGAAUGGCAAUAAGUCAGAGCAACAGUAACAGAAUGGAAAAUAUAAUGUUACCGAAACCUACAACCGCAUUACGUAGCAAUUUCACUGAAUUUCUAGAUUUGCACUGUCUGCCCAAUGGUCUGUGUUUGUUGUGUUGAAGAAAAACCUUAGAGAAGAUGAUAAAGACGAUGCAGAAGAAGAAGAUGUAUAUUUUGGGGACCAACACAGCGAUGGGGGGGGUUUGAAUGUAGAGAGGCUUACUACUGUACAUGACAUUACAGGGGGGUGUAGAAUGGAGAAGAAAAAAAAAAAACUAUGUGCUAAAAAUGAAACUUCACUUUGAGAAACACUCCUGGAGUCUGUGCUGUUUUUUUUGUGUGUCAUCCUUUUUGUCUCUGUGGCUGAGAAUAACUCCCAACUCCUCUCACUGAUAAUUGGUCAUCAUGAGUCAUGAUGUGCAUAACUUAAAGCUGCAGUAAUCAAUGUUUUUUAUGACCUUCUGUCCUCUUUUAGCUCCUUGUUUUGUCAUUAAGCCCCCAGACGUCACUGUUAUCACACCACAUCUCCGGUUGCAGGCAGCUUUUAUCAGCAAAAAAAAGCUCUGAUGAACCAACUAGAGCGCCUGCCCAGCACCGAGCUACAUGCUGGAUAAAGUUAGCAGCUAGCCGGUGACCGUAGUGAAACGUUGGCGGCUAAAUAGCCUGAUAUUUCUCUCAGGUGUCGGCCGAGACCAAAACAGAGC